AACCUGCUUGCCAAGGACUGCCUUGCUUUGUUCACCCCGCGUAAUUCACUUAAAAACAGCCCGCCGAUCUCCAAUCCUUAGCCUCUUCCAACGAAGCACGUUUGUAUUUACAAGUCGACAGCCUCACGUAAUUGCCCACGUUCCACGACAAUUACUACACGCUAGAAGCAGACAUCUCCAACUUAAGAAGGGGCAGAUUUCACGAAUGCAACACUCAAACGACGACAACAUGAUCUCAGCCAUUCUUCUCAUUCUAAUCACUAUCUUUGUGCCACCAGUGGGUGUCUUCCUCGUUGCAGGAUGUGGCAUGGAUUUAUUCAUUAACAUCCUAUUAACGCUUCUGGGUUACUUCCCCGGCCACAUACACGCCUUCUACAUCGAAUACGUAUACUACAAGCGCCGCGACGAAGCCCGAGCUGGCAUUUACGACAGUCGACGUGCACCAGGGGUAUACAGUGAGAACGUACAGAGGGGCGGUGGGGGAUAUGGUACGAUGUAGACUUCACAUCAGACCCUUCCAGUCGAAGGAUCAAGUGUUCGAGAUUGUAAAUGGUAGUAGAAGGGAGCUAAGGAUAGGGAUCAAUUUGCAAGGCUAAACAUACUAGAGCAGGGGAGGGGAGUAAGAAAGCGUUCAAGGAGUUUGCACAAUGUUUCAAAUGUGAAUAAUAUUAGUGUAAGAGGAGCUAGGCUAGCUUAUAGACCGAGCUUCAUAGAGUAUUCUGUGAAGUUUUCGGAAUUUCUAGGUUGACCUCGUGCGGUAGUCCAUAUAAAAAAAAGGAUCACCGUGCAGCUUCUGUCACCGAG